AUGAAGGUUGAAGUAGUUGUAGUUUCCAAGGAAAUCAUCAAGCCAUCUUCUCCAACUCCUGACUUGCUUCGAAAAUACCAGCUUUCAUAUAUUGAUCAAAUAGCCCCUCCUCUUUUUAUGCCUUACAUUUAUUUCUAUCCCGCAGAUGGAAGAAGCAGCAACUGGGAGAGAUCAAACCGGAUGAAAGAGUCGCUACCAGAGGCCUUGACACGAUUUUAUCCUCUGGCAGGAAAGCUGGUGGACCGUCUCUAUGUUGACUGCAAUGAUGUUGGAGUUGAGUUCUUCCAGGCUAAAGCAGAGGUAAAGCUGUCCGAAAUUCUUUCAAAUCCAAUCCCUGGCGAACUCAACAAAUUUCUUCCUCAUGACCCGAAUGAUUUUAGAGAUUUUUGCACGGCUGUUCAAGUCAGCUUCCUGACUUGUGGCGGAAUGGCUGUUGGUUUUGUGGUUUCUCACAAGAUUGCAGAUGCCGUAUCCAUGGGCAUGUUUAUAAACAGCUGGGCAGCCAUUACUCGUGGGGAUAGUGAUAUUCCAUAUCCUAAGUUUGAGGGUGCAACUCUUUUCCCACCAAGAAAUCUUGGCUCUCAAUCAGAUCUGGUGAUUAAGGAAAGACCUGUAACUAAGUUAUUUGUGUUUUCUAAGUCUAAGAUUGAUGCCCUAAAAGACAAGUAUGCCAAAAUAAAUGGUGGAAGGCUGCGUCCCACGAGGAUUGAGGCACUCUCAACUUUCGUAUGGAGCCGUUUCAUGGCUUCCACUCAAGCAAAAUCCAAUGACAACAAGAUUUACUCAUUAAUAGAACCCAUAAUCAACCUCCGUCCAAGAUUUGAGCCACCAUUAACCAAUUAUUAUUUUGGGAAUAUUUGGUGGCCAAUAGGGGCUACAUUAACGAUGACGGAUAAAGAUUAUGAGAAAGAAAGUUUUAAACUUGUGGGCAAAAUUAGAGAAGCCAUAACUAGUGUGAAUCGUGAUUAUGUGGCAAAACUUCGAGAGGGUCUCAUCCCAAAACUGGACAUUAUAGAUGAGCACCUGGUUAGAUUUGGGUUCACCAGUUUGUGCAGGUUUCCCUUAUAUGACGUAGACUUUGGAUGGGGUAAGCCAAUAUGA